GUAGGUGUUCGGUGUUUCCGUGGAGGCUUGGUUGCAUAAAAGUUGACGGGAGAGGCGUUCAUGUAGAUUAUCAAUAAGACUAAAUACAGUUUGUUUAUCGGCCAGAAAAGUUAAUUAAGUUAAACUAUGGAUCUAAAUUUCUCAGCAUUCCAAGAACCCCGAGGGGUUAUGCGCAUCUUACAUUUUGUAUUCUCAAUUUGCGCCUUUGCUACCAUAACGGACUACAGCGGGCACGUCACUGUUACUUGUGGCAAUCGUUCUACAAAUUUUGAAUAUGGUUACCCUUUUCAACUGCAUCAGAACAAGACUGUAGCGCCUAAUUGUACAGCUGCCAUAUUAGGAGAUUUUUCUUCGGAUGCAAAGUUUUUUGUGGCUACUGGAGUUCUAGCAAUGUUGUAUGCCCUUGCUAUUGCUGUCGUGUACGCUAAGUUUGACAAUACUUAUAAAACUAAUAGCCAGUGGCCUUUGUAUGAUUUUAUUUUAACUGUCCUCUUUGGUGUUUUAUGGCUCUCAAGUAGUGCUGCUUGGGCAAACAGUUUAACUGGUAUAAAAAUAGCAACAGUACCCAUGUAUGGAAGUGGAUGUAAUUGUACCAGCAGUCAAAGCAGUUAUUCUACAUUGAAUAUAUCGGUGGUAUUUGGAUUUUUGAACUUUUUCUUGUGGGCAGCGGAUUUAUGGUUUUUGUAUAAAGAAACUGCAUGGUUCCCAGGAAAUGCACAAUCUGUUGAGGCUGGAAAUUAAGAUUUCUUUUAAAUUUCUCUAGUCACAUUAUGGUUAUAUUUUACAAAAAAAAAUCAGUAUAAUUUAAAAUUAGUUUACCUAGAUAUUUCCAAAUGUCAGUCAUUUUUGGAGUAGUUGUUGAUACUGUUGAUAAUACUUACUGUAAUUCAGAAACACAACCAAAAUAUUUAGAAGAAUAAUUAGAAAUAUAAAACAAGUCACAAAACAUUGUAGAAAGCAGAGUACAUUAUAUCAAUUUAGAGAUGGUUAGGAUAUACAUCCAUUUUUAUUAUUUUAAAUUUUUUAUUUUUUUAUCAAAUUAAUUUUUAAUACUGUAGAAAAAUAUAUUUAUACUAAUGAAAUAAUUCUAAAUUCUCUAUAGUGUCUUAGCAUAUCAAUACAAAUCAUAUUAAUUUUAGAACCUAAGGCCAAACAGUUAUCAUAUUUUCAUAAAAUUGUAAUGCAUUUUACCAAAUUGCACUGUAUUGUUAUUUAAAGCAAUGCUAAUUAAAUAUUAGUGUCUCCUAAUUUUUUAUUAUUGGAUAUUUGUUAUUAUCCUGGUCCGAAGCACAAAUUACUUUUAAUUACUUGAUUUAUUUCAUUUUCAAAUUCACACAUUUAACACACUGACUGGCAAAGUUUGCUGAAACUAAUUCUAACCAACCAACAGUAUAAAUGUUACUUACUUAAAUUCACAAUCAAGUGCAAUUUGAUAUUAUGUAUUUUAACUUACCAAAUGUGCUAUUGGCUCAUACGUUGCCACGUAAUUUUUACACCAUCAUAUUUCUUAAAUUUUAACAAGAGGAUUAGCAAUUUCGUAUCAUUUAAACUGUGAUUAGUACUCCUAUAAGACUCCUAUUUGCUGAAUUUUUUCCUUUUUUAUCUUUAUACAACGUCAUUUUUUUAUUUUAGAGGCUUUACUUAUUAACCAUUUCCCUUAAUAUUGUUGUCUUAAUUGUAUUUUGAUUAAAUAUAUUUACAAAUGAAUUAUGUUCAUUCACAUAAACUGAUAUUAUCCAGAUAUUCAAGUGAUGUUUUAAAGACAUCACUGAAAUAAUUAUAGUGAUUACUAUCUGUUUGAAUAAGGAAUCAGUGAAAGAAUGUGCGUAAAUAUUGUAAAUUAGAAUCUGUUAGUUAAGUUUUAUUUUUGAGUUAUACAAGUUUUUUUCACAUAAUAUCUUGUUUUAUGUUUGUUAUUGUUAAGUUAAGUUCUGUAUAGUACAUGUUUUGAAAAUAACAAAUAUGGAGUAAUUGAACAUACAGAAUAAUUAAGUUCUUUUAAAAUUAAUACAAAAAAUUGUUUUCCUCAAUUUGUCAGAUUGAAUAAAAGUAAUGUCACAACAAUUCAUGUUAUUUAAUUGCAGGAUACAUCUUUUUCGCUAUGUAUUGCUUAUCUCCACAGUAUGUUUGCAAAUGUAAGGUUUAAUAAUUAAGUAACUAUGGGAAAUUUAUUUAAAAUAAAUACACCACAGACCACGAAAUAUAGAGGAAAACAACUUUUUCAACAAUUUGUCAAAACUAACUGCCAAUAUUUUUGAAAUGAGAUAUUAUUUAUAAUUUAAACAAAUAUUGUUUUUGAACAGACAUGUGAAUAAAAAAUGUUAAAUAAGA